CAGCUCGACGGGACGAGCAGCAAGGAGUGGAGAACGGCUCUGAGCACAACGCGAAGCCUCCCGUCUGCCAUGCCCGAAUCCGCGCUGCCGCUGUGCCUGCUGGGGCUGCUGGCCCUGUCCUCCGCCUGCUACAUCCAGAACUGCCCCCGAGGGGGCAAGCGCUCGUACCCCGACACCGGCCUCAGACAGGGAUGCUGGCCGCCGGGGCUGAAGAAAGUGUUCUUUACCUCAGCUGGCAAGACCCGGGUCCGAGCCAAUGCAUGCCUGGAGGAGAAUUACCUGCCAUCUCCCUGCGAGGCCGGGGGCAGAGCCUGUGGUGCUGAGGGGGGGCGCUGUGCUGCUCCAGGGGUCUGCUGUGAUGAAGAGAGCUGCUCGCUGGACCCCAGCUGCCUGGAGGACAGCAGUAAGAGGCGCGCCCCUGCGGACCAGAACCGGGCCCUGGUGGACAGUGCGGCCGGCGAUCUGCUGCUGCGGCUCAUGCACUUGGCCCACCGCCAGGCUCAGGGGGCAGGCCAGACCCCGCAGUAUUGAGGCCCGCCCGGACACACAGCCGCGCACAGACUCGGGCCCCAGCCCCGGCCCCCCCUGGCCCCCGGCCCCUGGAGCGAGGAGAGGACGGGCCUGAGCCC